AUGACGCCACUGCUAAAUAUUGUCCUUUUCUUCGUAAAUCUUCUGGAAAGCCUCCUCUCCUUCUUCCUCAACUCCUGCAUUGUGUUCAUUCACAUGAAAAGCCUCAGAAACGGGAUGAAGAAGAAGAUGAGCCCUUCCGAUCUCAUCCAGCUGGUCAUGGGAGUCACCAACCUUACCAUGCGAGGCACCAUGCUGGUGAACACCAUUGAGUUAUGGCGUCCAAUGUAUUACCAAGAGAAGGUCUUCCAUACAAUGGUCGUCCUCAUUCCCUUCCACUUGUACUUCAACUAUUGGCUCAUUGCCUGGCUCAGCACCCAUUACUGGACUAAUAUCACCAACCUAAAACACCGGACCUUUGUCUGGAUAAAGAGAAGCUUCUCAUCUUCCGUACCGCUCCUCCUUUUAUUGUCGGCCAUUGUGUCUCUUUCCAUCGCUCUUCCGUCCAUCUGGUGUCUUCAUGCCGGGGUCUCCGGUCAGAAUUCUACUUCUUCUAGAAUCUCCUUAUCUGGCUUCGAUUUUAUCCCCCUGGCCUGCGCCACCAUCUGCUUGUCCUUUUCCCUCAUCCUCGUCUCCUUACUCAUCACCACAUCCUCUUUAUUAUCCCAUGUCCGGAAUAUGAAGCAGAACGGCCAAGGGCUCAGCGCUUCCAGGGUUCAGGCUCAUGUCAGUGCCGUGAGGACAAUGAUAUUAUUGCUUCUCCUUUCCGCCAUCAUCAGCACGGCAGACCUACUCAUAUUCAUGCCCCAGCCGCACUUCCCGCCAUCGAUAUAUCCUAUUGCCUGGUCAAUAUUGGCUUUCUUUCCAUCACUGGAAGCUUCCAUCAUUAUCCAGUCCAGCCCAAAGCUCAGGAAGAUGUUUCUACAGACGUUCUGUGCUGAGACGUUAGAGAGGAACGAGGACCUCCAGAAGGAAUGA